CAGGGUUUCGUCGUCCCGCGCAUCAUAGGCGCAUAUACAGACCAUGCGACUGCCUCCCUCGCCAUGCACGUCCCCGACCCCAGGCUCUGGAUCGAGGCGGGCGUCGGCAUGCCCGGCCACGCGAAGGAACGCUGCCUCUGGGCGCUGCAGCAGCUGCACAACAAAGGCAUCCUCCACGGCCACAUUCAGCUCCACCACUUCAUCAUCACCUCCGAC